AAAAGGGAAGAAAACAGGGGAGGGAGGAAAGAAAGAGAAGAAGGCAGAAGAGGGCGGGGACGUCUCUCAAAGGAAAAGGAGUAGGCUUCUUGUUUUGUUUUUCUUGUGUAUUUUCCGUUGCGGAGAAGAGAAAAGAGAAUGUGGAGUGGUGCGGGUAUUAUUCUCGCCACAACACGUGUCUCCGGCUCAUUGGUGGUGGUGGCGAUGGUGGUGUUCGCCUCCGUGGUUGGCCUGGCUCAGUCCUCUAACAAUGAUUCCGAGGUCAAGUGCAGCAGGACCUGCGUUGCACAGAAUUGUAAUUCUGUUGGCAUUCGAUACGGGAAGUUCUGCGGAGUAGGAUGGAGUGGGUGCCCAGGUGAGAAGCCCUGUGAUGAUCUGGAUGCUUGUUGUCAGAUUCACGACGAUUGCGUCUCUAACAAAGGUUUAACAAAUGUGAAAUGCCAUGAGAAGUUCAAGAGGUGCAUAAAGAAAGUACAGAAAUCAGGCAAGGUUGGAUUUUCUCGGGAGUGCCCUUAUGAGACAGCCGUGCCUACUAUGGUACAGGGUAUGGAUUUAGCCAUCUUAUUGAGCCAGUUUGGCAACUCCAAGCUUGAACUCUGAAUGGUUACGCCCAAACAAUGUGGAACACAACCCUUGCUUUGUCAAAGAGCCAAUCCUUUUUAAAAUGGCUCACCAACUCCAACUCCAACUCCAAUCAGAGGUUUAUUAUCAUGUUAUACUACCUCAGCCCCAAGACUCUAGAUAUAAAACCCUUUUCUUUUUUUUUCCCUUUUUUUUUUUUUUUUUUUUUCCCCCUCCUUU